UGUCGCGGAUCUGAUUUCGUAUCUUCCCGAAUUGCGCGCAUUAUGCGUGCGUGCGUGCGUGCGCAGUCGUCUGCACGCGGAUCGCUCGCGCGUUGUGCAACAUCUGGUGCGCUGGUGAAGGAGUCUAUUGUCCCGCUCGUUCGUACGGGCGAGCGGACGGUCGCACACGCAAAACGGAGGGUAACAGCGUUUCAGCUGCGUUUUUUCUUCGGCGCGAGAGGAGAAAGAAGGAACGGGAGAAAGGGAGAGAGAGAGAGAGAGAGAGAGACGGAGCAUGCGGGCGAUUUCCAUGAGGAGGCAGCCGCGCGAUAAAAAUCGUGAUGCGGCGCGACGCGAUAAGGAGCCGCGACGCAUACGCGUCUGGGCCGAUUCCUAACGAGCUGCUGAACCGUCCGCUCCUUGAACGAAGAGAGAGACAGAAUGAGAGUAAACACCAACGGCUCGCAGGGGGAAGGGGGAACGAUAACACGAGAGAGUGCGAGCAAGAGGGAACUCGCGUGUACGGCUCUCUGUUGACCACAUGGUCCAUGGCUCAUGUUCGUCGUUCGUUCCGUGUUCUUUGUUUCCUUCCUUCUCGCGCUCGUUACGAACGUUCGUCGGAGUUUCAAGCCGCGGGAGCGGCUACCAGCGAGCGUGCUCUCUCGUUGCACGGAGAGCUCCGCAUCCGCGUUAGGAGCGUGUUUUGACAGAGGAUCGAACGUCAGGAUGCAAGCGGAGCUGAUGUAUCGAAAACCGUCAGCGAUGGCAGGCCCAUCAACGAGUGGUUUCCACCGUACUAUCAGCGAUGGAAAACGAGAGAAUCACGGUGGCAGAGACUCGCGCGAGGCGAUACAUUCGGGCCACUUUAUGGUAUCGGACUUUGAAGCCGAGGCGCAGGACGACGAAGAUGAACUCGCUGUGCCUGUACCGGACCAGGAGGAGACGCAGACUACUAGGUUCUCGAUCGCCGCGAUGCCGGGUUUCCCCUACGACAGAUUCACAAUUAGCGGCUCGUUAAGCAACAAGAGCUCCUCCCAGCAGCUGAACAUCGAGACGUCCUUGAACAAACUCUUCCAAUGCAUGUCCCUCGCUUACAGACAGAAGCUGACCUCGCCCAAAUGGAAUCGCUUCAAAGGAAUCAGAUUGAGAUGGAAGGACAAGAUUAGACUGAACAACGUCAUCUGGAGAUGCUGGCAUAUGCAAUUUAUAUUGAAGCAGAACACGCUGGUGUGCCAAUUCGCAUCGCCACUCGACGUUGAUACUCACAACAAACCCGAGGCGGUAGUCUUAGAGGGAAAAUACUGGAAACGAAAGCUCGCGGCCGUCACAGCGGAAUACAAGAAAUGGCGUAUGUUCUACCGAAACAGGAUCCUUGGCUGGACGGCCAAGGAUGGCAUGGAAAUGAUGGAAUCAAUGGACAUGCUAGAUUGGGGCAACGGAGGCGGAACUAUCGGUGACUUCGGGACAAAUGUAGGAAAUGCGUAUUUCGGCGGUAGCAGCGGAGCUCCGGGCGGAGAGAGUAUGAUGGUAGAUGAGGACUAUAUGGAAUUGAUGACCGACACCCUCUUCUCGACCAUCAGUUCAAAUCAACCGCUAUACUUCCCCGAUCCCAGAGAAAUCGCGCGAGGUGCCAGCUUGGCGGAUUUCAUCCAGCCUAGUUUGGGUCCCUUGCAGCCCAACUUGGACGAUUUCAUGGACACAUUGGAGCCGUUGCAAGAAUUCCUAAACUCGAAAUUGCCUCCCGUACCCGAGGAGGACGAUAUGUUCCGGAGUAGCAGUUUAAACGCCAACUAUUCUGACCUGGACCUGAUGACGCCGAUUAAUCAGAUAAACGAGAUAGGCGAAGACCCGACGACGAUAAAGAACGAGCAGCCCUCGCGACAGCUACCUCAACAGGAGGAGCAGGAGGCUAGCAUGCAAAAUCUUCAGUACACCGCCAAGAUAUACACUCAGCCGCAACCUGAAGCGGCGAGUUUGUACAGGAAUAGCAUUGCUAUGGGCGAGGAUUACAGCGCAAUCCAGACCACUUUUGAGGCAUCCGCGACGAGCCAGUCCGCUCGAGGAAAGAAUAACAGGAGUAACCGGCCGACGUCGUCGAGGAGUAGCCGCGUGAUACAGCAGUCUCAGCAGCAAAACGCGUAUCAGGCGAGUGCACAACAACAGAAUGCUGGAUUCCAGGCGCAGUCGCAGCAGCCGCAACCUUACGCUGCGAUGGGAAUCCAGGCGGUUCAACUGGCGCCGGUGCCGGGCCAGCCGAUGCAGAUCGCGACGCUGAACGAGCAGCCGGCGGUGAAUGCCGAUCAGAUAUCCUCGAUCGCCGCCGCUGCCGUGCAAAAUCUGGUGACGGUGCAGCACAGUUUCUCCGCGCAGGCCCAACACCCGGCGAUAAGGCCCCUGCCAACCACCACGCCGAUGGCCAGCAAGCCGUACAAGAUCGUGCAGCCGCAGCAGCAGUGCUACAAGUUCCCGAACCUCGUGCAAAACCUCAAUGCUCAACAGUGUAAAUUUAACGCCGGUAGCUUGAAGACGCAUCCCGCGCAGCAAGUGGUAUCGGUUUCCACGAUGGAGCAACAGCAGCAACAACCGUCGCAGUCGCAGAUCUUGCUGCAAUGCAGACCGACCGGUGUCACCGCACCGGCUCUUCAUCCUACCAAGUUGCUACCACAACCGACGACGUCGAGCGUGGAGAAGGAAGAGAUUUUUGCCGUACCUAAAUAUCAAAUGAAAGGAAGAAGCAGAUCACGGAGCAGCUCCUCCUUAGCGGUGCCCAGGACACAACCACCGCCGUUAGUCUCCGCGGUGAGCGAUCCAGCUCUGAAUCUGAAUAACAAUGUCCUGUUCGCACGUUUGUUUACGAAUAAAAUAACGCAAGUGACGACGACGCAGCACGUCACCACUCCGGUGACCGUACAAACGAUGCAGACUUCCAGCAUGCAGCCGGCGCAAGCGCAGCAACAAACGAUGCAGCCGACUACGGUCCAGCAGAUUCUUCUGAACGCGAACAGCCAGACACAUCAGUCGCAGAGCAGCCCCGGUUCGCCGAAGGACAGCAGCUCGAGCGCGCACAGUCCCCAGGGUCUGAGUCUCAGUCCCCUGCACAGUCCCAUGAGCCUAGGCAGCCCGUUAUCGCCCACUCGCGGUUACAUCAAGGGCGAGUCGGAGAGGGGACAGUACAAGGAGCAGCGGCGGGUCGGCCACAUCCACGCGGAGCAGAAGCGCAGAUACAACAUCAAGAACGGCUUCGACAUGCUGCACAGUCUGAUACCGCAGCUCAGCCAGAACUCGAACGCGAAGCUCAGCAAGGCCGCGAUGCUGCAGAAAGGGGCGGAUCACAUUCGGCAGCUGAGAGCCGAAAGGAAUCAGUUGAAGGAGGAGAUGGACAGCUUGAGACAUCAGAUCGAGUGCCUUAACACGUCUAUUAGUAAUUGUCAAUCUAUGCUUCCUGCAACGGGUGCUCCAGUUUCUAGACAUAGAACCAGCAAAAUAAGAGAGAUGUUCGACGAAUACGUACGCACGCGCACACGAGAAAACUGGAAAUUCUGGAUUUUUAGUAAAUUAUUAGAGCCGUUGAUGCUGUCUUUCAACGCCUCGGUCUCCACCGCGAGUAUGGAGGACUUGUACAGAAGUACGAUACUGUGGGUGGAGCAGCACUGCUCGCUCGUCGAUCUCAGACCAGCCGUUCUGAAUUCUCUGAGGUACCUGUGUACCGCCACCGAUAUUUUGUCAGACCCGGCGCGCCUGCCCGAAGAAGCGCUCGCGGCAGUCAAUCGGACGGAGCGUCGACGAUCCUCCCAGUGACCGAGGGAAAGUGCGGAAAUUCAAUGUUGCGAUGUAUUUGUGUGUAAAAACGUUCAAGAUACGCACGAAUGGAGGGAAUGAUAGUUACCGUAUAGCUUAAGUCAGUCGAGAGAGAGAGAGAGAGAGGAAGCGAUUAUCCGGAAGUAGCCGAGACGCAGGCGAAGACACGAAGGUUUAAGUGCAAUUCCUCUUUUUAUUGCGACGUCGCGUUAAAGUUGCGAAAUCUGUUACGGCGAGUUGUACACGACGCGUUUUAUAUGACACAUUUGUGAAUAAGAUAUAUAUAUGUAGGUACAUAUAUAUUACCGUAUGUACGCAGAAGUGAGCUGAGAACGCAGCGCGUGCGACGUCAUCUAGCAAAAUGACGAAUGGCACGAUCGCUAGCCGAUUACUUAUUCCGAACAGAAAAACCUCGAAUACUUUUUUAUAUCUCGCGCGACGAUUGUACGUCUCAAAGAUUGUACCAAAAAUUAGAGAAUACUCUAAUAGUUAAUACUUUCACACUGAUUUAAACGUGUACAGGUGUAAGGCGAAAUUUCCUGCAUGUUUGUACCAUUUUCUAAUUAAGCGUAACAGAGACACACUUGCACGUGAUCAAGGUCACUGCUUCGAAAAAUCUUCAAUCGAGUUCCAGAGAAUUCGCGGUGAAUUUCCGAUUGACGUGAAGAGUAAUAAGAGAAUGCAGAGAGAUUCGAAGUUUAUAUUGCGAUAAAAAAAAGAAUUCGAUUUUAUCGUUAAUAUUCCUAUCUUCUAUUUUUAUAAAUUGCAGUUACACAUUUGAUUAGUUUUCGAUUUAAUUAAAGAGAUAAUUUGUCGAAAGUCUUUUAUCGAUGCAAUGCGAAAGUACAAGUUUAUUUUCUUGAAAUUGAAUUAUUUAAUAUUGCCGAUUUACGCUGCUGUUAAGUUAGUUACACUGCACAAUUGUAUCUCAAGGCAAGGGAAGCUACGUAGUUGAUGAUCGCGCAACGAUAAAAAGGGGGUUGCUCGCAAGUCACACAGUUUAUGCAAUAUGAGAUCUUUAAUGUGAAGAUUCAUGUGAUAAUGUACAAAUCAUUCGCAAGGGGUUUGACUAUCGGGGAUAGUUCAAAGCUACAAGACAGGGCUUCUGCACAUUGUAGCAUUUCCGUCGAUGUAAAAUGUUGUAUAUAGUCCGACGUUAAGGGGAACGAUUGAUACUCCAGGAGCAAAAGUUCUUACUUUUAAAUCUGAAAUUAAUUACGUUUACGUUUUGAUUCGAUUGAUUUCUCGUUUUAGGAUCGUUUAGGAAGGAUGUUUAAUUUCUGAUAUGCACGAUAUACAGUGUAUAGAUAGCCCUCACUCGACUUACGUACGUACUAUGUGUAAGCGAAAGAAAAUGAUAUAAGUUAACUCGUUGAAGGGAUGUUCUUUUGUACAAUAUGUAUCAUAUAAUCGGAAACGUUCGCAUGUUAUUAUUUCCAAAAUGUUAUAUAACAUGAAGAAGGAUCCUGAAA